AUGGUGGGUGAAAUAAGUAAGUCUCGUGGACACACUUACUGGCAAUGGAUCUUUGGCACGAUAGCUAGCUUGGGAUUUCUCAUAUACGGUCUGGAAGCUGCCUGGGUGUCUCCUGUAACGAAGACAUUACAAUCACCUACCUCGCCCUUAGGAUAUCCUCUAUCCAACAAUGCUAUAUCCUGGAUCGGUAGCAUAUCCUGCUUUGCAUCGGCGUUCUUCGUGAUCCCGUUUUCUUACUCCGCUGAUCGAUUUGGCAGGAAAUGGGUCGUAUUUGCUAUCAUCAUACCUAAUGCUCUAUCAAUAAUCCUAAGGAUAUUGGUGCCAAAGCUGACAGCUCUGUUGAUAGCGCGUGCUCUCUCCGGAAUAGCUGCGAGUGGGAUUUUUGUCGUAAUACCAAUUUACGUACGAGAAUUAUGUCAAACAAACGUCAUAGGUACUAUAGGUUCCCUAAACGUUGUCUUACAAAACACUGGUUUCUUGAUAAUGUACCUCAUUGGGGCAUACUUCGACUAUUACGUCGUACUGUGGAUUUACAUGGCCACCGUCAUUCUCAUGACUGGCCUUCUGUUGCUGGCGCCGGAGUCACCAGCCUAUCUUGUCAAACGCGGGAGGAUUGACGAAGCUUACGCGACCGUAGCGUUUUUGAGGGGCCUCAAAACAGAGGACAAAGAAGUGAAAACAGAAAUUGAAUUCAUGCAGAGACAGGAAGAGGAGUUCAAGAAUCUACCAAACAUCACCUUGAAAGAAAUAUUCCAAAACAAAGCGUGGCGACGUGGAUUCAUAGUUUUAAUACUGGUGUGGUUUACCCAGACCUGGGGCGGUUCCUUUUCAAUUGUUACAUACGCUUCAGCUAUCCUGGAAGCGACUGGUUCGGAUUUGGACAUUAGUCCUCAAAUCCAAUCAGUUAGUUUUCCGAUAGUGAUGAUCAUUGCGUCUUUCACGUUGACCCUUGUAGCAGAGAGAUGUGGGAGACGGCCUCUCCACGUAGGUGCUUAUCUGCUAUCGGCAAUCUCUCAUACCGGAUUAGGAUUGGCGUUGCUCUUUCGCACUCUCGGUUACACCAUCCCUAGCUGGCUUCCUAUCGUGUGCAUGAUUGGAGCCGUGGCCAUGUAUGCUGGUGGUAUAAGGCCUUUACCAUACAUUAUUAGUAUUGAAAUAUUUAAUUUUCAGGUCCGAGCAAAGCUUAUGGGUCUCAUCCAUACAUUUGGUUGGACGUCUGUGUCUUCGCAGCUGUUUGCUUUUGCCCCACUAGUUGACAGUUUCGGCCUGCACACUACCUUUCUAAUAUUUGGUCUGAUAAAUAUCUUCGGUAUGGUGUUUGCUGCCAUUAUUCCUGAGACUAGAGGGAGAAGUGACGACGAAAUAUUGGGGCAGUUAGACAAAAACAGAAAACAAGUUCCUCUUUCCAUUAGCGGUUAA